AUGACAGGAAUUCGAAGCGCACUACCAAAUCCAGCCUCAUUGGUUGAAAGUUCAACUCACAGAUUUCUCAUUUUCGAUGCACCAAAUGAUGAUAAUCUACCUUUAUAUAUAAAUGAAUUAAAAAAAUAUAACGUCUCUCAUUUAGUUAGAGCAUGUGAUCCAACAUAUUCAACUGAACCACUUCAAGCAAUUGGUAUCCAAGUGCAUGAUAUGCCAUUUGCAGAUGGUGGUUCUCCUCCUGAUGCGGUUGUAAAUAAUUGGAUUAAAAUACUUGGGGAAUCUUACAAAAAAGAUUCAAAAGAAACUAUUGGUAUUCAUUGUGUUGCAGGACUUGGUAGAGCACCAGUUUUAGUGGCAAUUGCAUUGAUUGAGGGUGGAAUGAAUCCACUUCAAGCAGUUGAAUACAUUCGUGAAAGAAGAAGAGGUUCAAUUAAUAUUAAACAAAUUCAAUAUCUUAAAAAUUAUAAAAGCAAAAAGAAAUCUUCAUGCAGAAUCAUGUAA